GCGCACCGAGAGAGGAGCGAGAGAGGCGCGAGGGGCGCUCCUUCAACUUUUUUCGACCUUUUUCAAGCCCCAGCGCGUGGAGUGCGGAGGAUGGGAUCCUACUGCGCCUGUUUACGCCUUGAAGUCCGCGGAUGCACCUCAGAGGAGCGGAGGAGAGGAACAGACUGGGCUGUGCAGACUUACCUCAGAGCGGCUUCACGGACGGACAGAACGCGGAGCUGCUGCGCUGCCAGGAGACAGCUGAAAACAGCUCCCCCAUUAAAUACAGACGCUAUGGGUCACGCCUCGGUGGGGUCAAAGUUCGCCACAAGCGGCAGGUGCUGCAGGACAUGGCUCGGCCCCUGAAACACUGGCUGUACAAACACCGCGACAACCCUUACCCCACCAAGACUGAGAAGGUCCUACUAGCCCUGGGUUCUCAUAUGACACUAGUGCAGGUUUCCAACUGGUUCGCAAAUGCUCGACGGAGGCUGAAGAACACGGUGAGACAACCGGACCUGAGCUGGGCCCUGAGGAUCAAACUCUAUAACAAGUACAUCCAGGGAAAUGCCGAAAGACUGAGCGUGUGCAGCGAUGACACCGACUCAGACGAUGAAGAGUGCCCACUACAAGCUCCCAUCAGCCAGUCGCCCUUCGUCAGGUCGUCCUCCCACAAGAACCCGCUGGAGAAGCAGGGCACGGUGCUCAAUAUGGCCGACUCCGCCAACAGCGACGACAGCACGUCGCCUCCCUCCAAGUACAAGAGCAGUUUACUCAACCGCUACCUGAACGACACACUGCGGCACAUGAUGGCGGCGAAGGCCGACGGCGUGGCCGCGGCCUGCAAGAGGAGGAGCCACUCGGAGUCGUUCAGCUCCAACGAUUGUGACCGGGAUGUCGUCUCCCCGGCGUCGUCCUACGAGACCGAGGCCAACUUUGUCUGCCACAUGGAUACAAUGGGUUAUAAUUCAACUAAAUGCACCCGGGACCAGCAGCCAGAUCGGGGUCAACAGAGACAAGAGGACCAAGGCUGGAGGGAAAUCCAUGCCGCCGUGGCCCUGACCAACUUGGCCCAGGGGCAGAGCUGUACGGGGAACCAGAGCGCUGGGACAGCGCCCAGCGCUGCCACAGUACAGAGCUGCGCCCGAGAGCCCUUCUCCAUAAUGAGGGCCACUAUAAUAGACAGGAUGUGUGUCGCAGGGCCCACCGCUGCUCUGAGGCAGCGCUGCACCGCGGAGCCCGCUCUCACCAGCCGCAUCAUCCAGAAGUCUUCUCAUAUCUCUGAGGUCCAGACUGUCAAAGUGGCGCUGGCAAACAGUGUGUAGGCAAUAAACAUGAGCACUCGGUUCCGUAUGGGAAUACCAGAUGCUUAAGUGCCUUGCAAUAUAUGUACCCACUUUGAGACCAUUAUUUUGUAAUGUUGAUAAACUUUGACAUUUGAAAUCAUUUUUUUACAUUUUAAAAUGGAAAAACUAACCUAAGUUUUUUUUGCCUCCUGCUUUUCUACGUUUCUAAUGUCCUCCUGUUGCCAUCUGUUGCAUUAAGUUAUAUUAACUGAGACUGGAUUAUCAUCCAACGCUAAUGUCUGACAGCAGCUAUUUGAAUAAAACCCAAUGUGAAAUCUUU